ACCAUCCAAACGAGAUCACAUGGGAUUACCUUUCACAGGUGUUGGAGAAAUUCGGGCUCGUUCAGCGCCGCAGGCUUUCCGAAGUCGCUCCGCCGUGUCCCCUGAGCGCUCACUAGCCCAAGAGGACAAGGGGGGUCGUGAGCUGCAUGUUGUUUUAAACACAAAUGACCCAGAUUAUGAGCCUGUUUACUCUAUAGAGAGCUAUGAUGAUCCCAUGGAGGAAAUUGUUGACUUCAUGCCCUCAGCCAAUCAGAGCCAAGUGAAAGUGAAAAGAGAGAUUAAAGAUGAAGAUCCAUGCCUCUUGUCACUGGAUGAGGGCGGGUGCUCCAGAUACACUCUGCGCUGGUACUUUAAUUCUCAGGUGGGCGAGUGCAGACCCUUCAUCUACAGCGGCUGCGAAGGAAACGCUAACCGCUACACACACAAAGAGGAGUGUGAACAACACUGCCUACAACAGAGCGGAGAUGCUCUGGGGUCGAAUAGUGGACGGUAAUGAUGGGACCGCGCACACACACUCCAGCACACGCUCAUCUGAUGGGUCUUGUACGACACAACCAUCUUCAAGAGUGCCAUUUUUAUCAUGGUUUAUAAUCCAUUCCUGCUUUGUAGAUUAUAUUUUUAUUUAUUUUGUUUCGCAAGAUGAACUAUAUUCACAACGCAUUUUAUAUCACGUUUCGUUCAUAAAUAAAUGAUUCGACAUGUCCAGCACAAUUAAGAAUGUAUAUUUUUGAAAAUGUAUUUUUUUUGUCCUCCUGUUCACGCAGAAAUGCAGUUCAGCUCCUUUUUCUUAAAAUUAAUUCAAAAAAAGGGCAGAGAUUUUAAAUUAAUGCGCAUUUUUAUUAAAAUUUAUUUUAUUUUUCUAUUUUCUUUUGUCCCCCCGUCCACACAGAAAUGCAGUCCGGCUCCCUUUUUAAAUAAAUAAAUAAAUAAAUGAUAAGCGGAGAUUUUAAAUUAAUAUGAUUUUUUUUUGGGGGGGGGGGGAUCGUGUGAACUUGCACGUUUUUUUGUUUUUUUUUUUUAAAUGCAGAGAUUUCUCUGGACUCUCUGAAUCUUUUGAUGAUAUUAUAGAUUGUUGAUGUUGAAAUCCCUAAAUUCCUUGCCACUGGACAUAGAGAAACUGUUUGUUUGUUUGUUUGUUUGUUUGUUUGUUUGUUUGUUUGUUUGUUUGUUUGUUUGUUUGUUUGUUUUGAGGUUACAGGAGGAAGACAAAAAUAUACAAAAAGAUUUACAAGUUGGCGGCACGGUGGUGUAGUGGUUAGCGC